UUUAUGUCCAACUAUAUGUCUUGUGUGUCGUUUGCUCUUGUAUCGCCUCUAAAUUGUCUGUAAUGCUCAUAGCGGAUCAUUUGAUGUGCUUCAAUUUCAAUGUGCCCAUGAGCUAUGAUAAGGAAACGAUUGCAGCAUUUUUAAAGGAUCUAAAUCUUAAUUCAGCCAGUCAGUCGCUCGUUGAGUUACGUAAAAAACGCGACUAUUUGCUAAAAGCUUUCAGAGAACUCGUUAAGCAGGAGUGGGCAAAACUGGAGGAAUCGGACCAUAAACAGCGAAUGGAGGAAUUGAAAAGAUUAUGCCCUGUCUCUGUUAAAAUGUUAGACAUAAUGCCGGAUAUAGAAGAGUUCCUCAAACAGCCAGAGGAUGAACUGCUGCAGCUGCAUCGUUUGGAUCUCAAUCUUCGGCAAUCGGGUGAGCAGCAGGAGAAACAGCUGCAGCAGUUGCAGCCGCAGCAGCUGUUGGAAUCGCAACUGAAUGGCGAUGCAAUCGUGGUGCCGGGACAGAGUCGAAAAGUUGUAACGCGAACGAGCUACUCCACAGCUGGCAGGAGAGAUCGAAAGCUAGCCAAGGAGCAGAAUAGAGAAAGUGUCAUAAAACGCAUAACAAAUUUGCUGAAGAGUGCGUCUCGUAACUACGAGCUAAAUGAUGGGGUCGUAGAGCCGGCCGAUGAGGAAUUGGCCAUAGAAAUGCCAACGGAGCGAGUAGAGCAACGAGUGCCAACACGUUGGCUAUCGGAGAACUUUAUGCGCUUGCGAGAAAUGCGCAAGCCACAUUUUCCUGAUUCAACUGAAUUGGAUCAACCGCUACCCUGGCCAUUGGGCGUAUACAAAAGGAUUUGGCUGUCCAAUCGACAGCCGCCUCUGGCACUGAACAUGUGGUUUGUGCAUCGUGCAAGUGACUCGGCUGCUAGGCGAGAGCAGGAGCUGGAACAGUAUGAGCUGGAUCUCGAGCUAGCGCUGCCACGUCAGGAUCUGCAAUCCCGCAGUCAGAAUACGCCCAGUCAUGGCGGCUUGUUGCCGUUGAGUGUGCAGGAUAGUGGAGGCAAUGCGGCCCAAAUGACCAGUAGCCAUGCGGCAUCACUCUCCAAUGAUGGCCUUUCCGCCGUGCAACUGACAAGCGGCGGCAAUCAGGCAGCUAAUUUAUCAGCCGAAGAUAUCUAUGCUGUGUGCCCACCGCCGAUGCCGCCUGUGACACCCAUCGAUGUGGACAAUGGCGGUGGAGUGUCCAUAGGAGAAUCUGCUGCUGCUGCUGCURCGGCGUCGUCUUCUGCUGCUGUAGAUGCAAAUUUGUCAGCAUCGCUGGCAUUGCGCUCGCGUCAUGCAUUCGCCUCGACGCCUUAUCGCACGCUGUUGCCGGCUAUUGACGAGGAGCCACUGCAGCAGAUGAGACCCUCGACAAUGCCACGAGUUCUGGAGCUGAACGAAGUAUCGACAGCUGAGUCGUCAGUCGGAGCCACAGUGAUUGAAGCAGCGGCUGUCGGGACAGUCGAUAUAGCUGUCUCCCUGACGCCACCAAUGCCGCGUGAUUGGACCUCGAUAUUUAGGCCACGCACUGCUCUGCCAAAUUACACAAGGGGCGUGGGAUACGACAACCUUCUCACUCCGCCAAGAGGUUUGCGCCGGCGCAAACGGAAACGCAGACAGCCAGACGCAACAACAACAGCAGGAGCAGCAGAAGCAGCUGUGACAAUAGCUCAAAAUCAAUUGGAGCAGAUUGUGAAUGUGCAGCCGCCCAGCAAUGAUGAGGUGAUGCUCGAUUAUUUGUCCAAUCUCUUCCACCAAAUAUGGUCAGAAGUCGAGGUACCAAUGGCAGUGGCAGCAGCUGGACAAAUUGACCCAGCGCCAGCUGCAAUUGAGAUAACAGAGUUGCCUCCAGGAGCUGAAGCCAGAGAGUUGAUUGAGCAUCAGCCAGCAGCAGCAGCUGGGGAAACAAAUGAAAUGCUGGCUUCGUCCAUGAGCACGGAGAGAACAACCGUUGUAGAGGUGACGGCGCCACCAACUCUAUCCACCGACAUAGAUGGAUUGCCCGAAGGAUCAACGCUCGCCUUACCACUGCCCGAACUGGGCGGCAGAUCUCUAGAGCAGGCACUGCCAUUGCCCCUGAGCUUGGAUGAGUUGCCUGAAAUGCCGUUGGUGACUUCUAUACAGAUUAUCCAACAGCCUUCGAGCGCGGUUGUCAAUGCUGGUCAAUCGAUAACUGAUCUGAAUGAAUCAACUGCCAUGAUACAAAGCUCAACCGAUAAAUCGCCUGGGGCAAAGGAAGAGACCCGCCUGAAGCGUGUGGAGAGAGAGUUGCGUGAGAGUCUCAGCUUCAUUGUGGAGCACAAGCAUCUGUUGCGUCUUAUGGUCGAUCACAAUAUCCACUUGAGCGGUAAGCAACAGAGGGAGGAUCAGCUGAGGAGUCGCCAUGGAUCUGCCAUAGCCACCAGCAUAAACUUUCCUCAGUCGGACGACAACGAGGACAGCAGCGACGGCGUGCGAUAUGUCGCCAUUCCAGCGAUGUACACCUACGAUCCACAGAUCAUACUGAAAAUGUCGGAGGUUAAGCUGAGUGUGAUGCAUAAACUGAUUGGCGCCUUAAUCCGCAAUGAUCGUGUGGAUUUGCGUGCCAAGGGUUUCUUCCAGACGCGCAUGGAAGCUGCCAUUGGCUAUCGUGUGCUCUUCGAGCUGAAGGCAGCCAACAUAAUCUCGCUCGAUGCAGAUGCUCGCUAUGCAAUGCUAUUAUAGAGGGAGAGACGGAGAGAGGGAGAUGCGAGAG